ACACUUGGGUGUUUCCAGACGGCCAGCAUUUCCGUUAGCACCGGUCCCAUCAUGGCGAGGCACCUCCGCUUCGUAGCGCGGACAGUAAUGGUUCGAGAGGGCGACGUCGAUGCAGCGUACUCAACUCUAAACAGGCUCUUGUCCCAGGAUGGGAUUAUUGAAACAGUGAAGCGCAAGCGCUACUUCGAGAAGCCCUGCCAAGAGCGCCAGCGGAAGAACUUUGAGAACUGCAGACGAAUCUACCACACUGAAAUGGCGAGGAAAAUUGCCUUCAUCUCCAGGACAAACAGAGAUGAUCCCUGGGUUGGUUGCUAGUGAAAUAGACUGUGAUGAAAGAGGGAUGCUAUCAGUGGACUGGUUAAGUUGGGGGCCAGCAAAGUGGAAGAAUCAAACAAAAUCAACACAAUGUCACUAUUACGUCUAAAUGAAAAGAGAAAUACUGAGGAAAGUGACUUUCAUAUUUUCACAUUUUGUUUUUUUUUCAUUCCACAUUGAAAAGUGCAGUUCUUGUGCUUGAAGAGAAAUAUUCACGCUUCGUUAAUGAACACUUGAUUUAUUACAUUUUGUGUUUUGAAUCUUGUCUUCCCACACCAUCUUAAUAGUAAAGAAGCUAAUAAAUGUGUAACAUUUUCUGACAGAACUGUAGUUGGUGAAGAAAUAUUUAUACCAAUUGAACUGUUAAUUAAACAAAGGUAGCUGUGGAUGCCUUUAAUGUCAGACAUGUUUUUGUGUGAAUGUGGUCUCAGCUCAGCAGGAGCUUGGUGUAAAUCAAUUAAAGGUCACUCCUCCCCA